AUGCUCAAAUGCACCAAGGCGGCCGAGCAGGUCGAAGGCACCGAAGGCGUUUGGGAAGCCACCUGCGGCGACGAUACAGGCGUCGUCACGAUUUCCUUCCGAAACAAGGACGUGGCCGAGGUGUGCAAGGUCGGUGCAUCGAUCAGGAUGCAGAACACUUCAGUGAGGAUGGUGAAGGGCUACAUUCGAGUUGUCGUUGACAAGUGGGCUGCUUUCAAGCCCGCCGAUGAAGCCUUGGAGUUCGAGGCGAAAGUAUCGAACGACGUCUCCGGUGUUGAGUAUGAGCUCGUGGAAUCCUGA